GAUACACUCGCCUGUGAUUCUAGCAUAUCCCUCUAUGGUAUGUGUCACACACACAUACUGUUUGUAUGUAUAUAUACUCUCCCCUCUCUCUCUCCCCCAUCUCUUUCUCUCUCUCUCUCCCUGUCUGUUUCAAUCCGGAAGAGCUCCCUUCAUCAAACCCAAAAAGGGCGUUGAUUGUGUGGAUCUGUAGAGAAAUAAAAGAGAGAGAGACCAAGAUGAAGAGAUGUGCAUAUAAUAACAGCAGCAGCAACAACAGCAACGCCGCCUAUGGUUGUUCCGGUGGCUCAGGCGGUGUUGUUUGUCCCAAGCCUCGCCGUGUGCGACUCUUGAAUUUGUCGAAUUUUCAAGUGGAGAAUAGUGAUUCAAGAGGCGGGUCGGACCUCCUUGACAUGAUUCUCUCCAAGGGAAGUUAUGGUGCUGAAAAGUCCAAUAAUCAGAUUCCUUCCUCGCCGCCAUUUUUUAUGGGGUCUCCGCCAACCAGGGCUACAAACCCGGUGGUCCAAGAUGCUCACUUUGGGACUGAUAAACCGGGUUCAUUUUCGCCAGCUGAAGCAUCACCAUCAUCACAGCGCAAGAAUGGGGGAUGUUCUCGGGGAAAGUUUGGGCAAACGCCAGCUGCAGUUAGGAUCGAAGGUUUUAACUGCGGAAACUGCAGCGUUUCUGCUGUGGCAUAGAAAACAUAUAUACAUAUAUAUCUAUAUAUCUAUGUAGAUAACCCCAAAGGGUGAGAAACCACUGGGGCAAUUUGCGGAGAGAGAGGUACUGUGUUUAGUUUGUGGAUAUAUAGAGUUUAAGAUGUUUAAACUUUUUACUGACUUGUGGUAUGUCAAUCUAAAAUGUAAAUUAUUAUGUAAAACUUCGCUUCUGAAAGGUCGGAGUCUAAUUAAAUAAAGAAAAUUGCAAAAGCUCUCUUUAGGAUAGAAUUUUGGUCCAGGCAUGGUUUUGGUAGUUUUGGAGAGCUUUUGUGACUUGAGUUUCUUAUCUGUCUUGUCCUUCAUUGUAACCGAAAAUUAGGAGGCAAGGUAGAUUUGCUUUUUCA